GCUGUUAUCACAAAAACAACAUUGCUCCCUUAUCACCAUGUCUGAUGAGAAAAUCUCAUUCCGGGAAAGUGAAAAUGCUGACCUUACAACACAGUAGCGUCAUCUCAUUCUCUCCCAGCGACAACAAACUCCCAAGUUUGACUAAUGGCUUCACGAUAAUGUCCAAAAAGAGAGACUUUGCUGAGAAAUCAAACGAAAAAGGACCUCUCUUGCGAAUCAAAGUCCCCAACACAAUUCUUGCUCGAUCUGCUAUCGCUGUUUUGGGUUUGGGAUUCAUUGAUUCUGGGUAUAGUGGUGAUUGGUCAAGAAUAGGCGUGAUCUCUAAAGAAACAGAGCAACUGUUGAAGAUUGCUGCUUUUCUUGUUGUUCCUCUCUGUAUCUUUCUUAUAAUUUCAUUUUCCGAUGAUACAACUGAUUAAAUGUUC